AUGGGUUUUCAAAGUCAAGUUCAUCCUGACUAUGUGUGUAAGCUUCGGAAGGCUCUUUGCUGUUUAAAGCAAGCUCCUAGGGCUUGGUAUGGCAAGAUUGCAGAGUUUCUUAUUUGCAAUGAUUAUUCGGUGGCACCGUCGGAUUCCAGCUUGUUUGUCAAAGCUAAAGGACGUAAGCUAGCCAUUGUGCUAGUAUACGUGGAUGAUUUAGUUUUAACUUGUGAUGAUGUUGAAGAGGUUCUCAGAACGAAGGAAAAUUUGUCAGUACGCUUUAAAAUGAAAGAACUGGGGUAUCUUAAUCAUUUUCUUGGUUUAGAAAUUGUUCGCAGUGGAGAGGGAAUAUUUAUGCAUCAACAUAAAUAUUCUAGAGAUCUGCUAAAUAGGUUUGGCAUGUAUGAUGGCAAACCGAUAUCAGUGCCGAUGGAGUUGAAUGCGAAGCUCUGCGCACAUGAAGGGAAAAGUUUGGAGGAUGCCACGGUGUACAGGCAGUUAGUGGGUAGUAUGAUUUAUCUUACCUUAACAAGGCCUGACUUGUCCUUUGCAGUUGGCGUGAUGAGUCGAUACAUGCAAAGUCCAAAGAAACCUCAUUUGGAAGCUGCUCGGAGAAUCUUAAGAUAUGUUAAGGGCACUCUUGGUCAGGGUGUUAUGUACAAGAGAAGUGGAGGUAACACCUUAGCUGGCUACAGUGAUGCAGAUUAUGUAGGAGAUUGUGGAACUCGGCGUUCAACAACUGGCUAUGUGUUUAUGCUUGGGUGUGGAGCGGUUUCUUGGUGUAGCAAAAGACAACCAACAGUGUCUUUGUCGACAACAAAAGCAGAGUACCGAGCAGCAGCGAUGGCGACGCAAGAGAGCACUUGGUUGGUGCAGUUCCUAAGAGAUUUGCAUCAAUCAACUGAGUAUUCAAUUCCCUUGUACUGUGACAACUUGUCAGCAGUAUGUUUGGCAGAAAAUCCAGUGUUUCAUGCUAGAAGUAAGCAUAUUGAAGUGCACUACCAUUUUAUCAAGGAGAAAGUUCUCAAGGGAGAAGUACAAAUGAUCCAUUUUAGAACUGAUGAACAAGUUUCUGAUAUGUUUACAAAAAGUUUGAGCUGUAGCAAGCUUGAUUACUUUGGCAAGAAACUUGGUAUUACAAGGAAUAAGAUAGUUGGUGUUGAAGGGUAG